AUGCGUUUGUGCUUUGCAGCCGAGGACCUCAUCAAGAAUGCCCAAGUGCAAGCCAUUAUCGGGGGCCCUCAGCCACUUACCAAAGCAGAUCACGGCAUACACCUGGCCCAGAACAACCAUAUUCCAUUUCUCUCCUACAACAUUUCUCCAAUAUCGUGUGCCUUCUGGCUUGAAGAAAACGUAACAGCAUCCGUAGGCCAUCCCAAGAUUGGAUUUACAUUUGAAUCAAGUGACAGUAUGAUAUUUCUUUACCCAAAAACCGUGCGAAGAAAUGACAUGAAACUACAUACACAAAGUUCUAGUCAAGAUUGCGAAGGGCAGACAGUGUUGAAGAUUGCCGUGCCAUUAAAAAAUGGUUUUCAUGAAUUUGUGGAGGUUACUGGUCCUAUUUCUGAGAAACAAAACAUUACUGGCUAUAGCAUUGAUAUCUUCGAGGCAGCUAUGAGGACUCUACAUCCUGUUCCGUGCUAUGAGUUUAUUGUUUUUGACGGUCCUUAUGAUGAACUAGUAGGCAAUGUGUCUUUGGGGGUGUAUGAUGGUGUAGUAGGCGAUGUGACCAUAACCGCGCAACGAGUUACAGUCGCAGACUUUACGGUGCCAUACACACAGUCUGGUGUAUCUAUGCUUGUGCUUACCGAGGAUGAACCAACCACAAUCAGUUGGACAUUUGUAAAGCCAUUGAGUCAAAGUAUUAGAAGCCCUUUGACAAAAAUUAUUGUGGUGAUAUGGUGCUUUGUUGUGUUGAUUCUAGUGCAAAGCUAUACAGCUAGCUUGUCAUCCAUGUUGACUGCAAAGCGGCUCCGCCCUAGGGUGUCAAAUCUAGAUCAACUUCAACGGAACGACGACUUUGUAGGAUACCAAGAUGAUUCAUUUGUGCGGUCCUUCUUGAUAAAUCAUCAUAAUAUCAGUGAAAGUAGGUUAAGAAACUACAACACCAAAGAAGAAUAUGAUGUUGCUUUGAGGAAGGGGUCCAAGAAUGGAGGGGUGUCGGCCAUUGUCGAUGAGAUCCCCUAUUUAACUUCUUUCAUCUCUGAUAGUCGGUACAAAAAGGACUUUAUGAUGCUUGGGUGCAUAUACGAGACCCCUGGAUUUGGUUUUGCAUUUCGUCAAGGUUUUCCGCUAGUACAUAACAUUUCUACUGCAAUCCUAAACCUAGCAGAAGGGGUUAGUGGUUCACAAAUAGAAGUUAAAUGGUUCGGCACAACUUUACCAUCGAUUGGUGCUAGCACAAUUUCUGACGGUGAUUCUGUGCCUCUCACAUUACAAAGCUUCUCCGGGCUCUUUUUGAUCACUGGAUCCAUUUCAACUCUCAUGCUACUGAUAAGCAUUGUGAAGUUGUUUUAUGACAAAAGCAACACCUCUAGAAACACUGUUCCUGACCAACAACCUCUUGGUGAAGCUAGCAAUGAUGAUACAAAUCGAUACAAUAGUGGCGAGGAUUCCCAUUCGAUACGAAUCAGCAUGGGCAACAACCCCGACCCUGACCAACAACGUCUUCAUGAAGUUAGCAACGAUGAUUUCCAGGGUGUCCAUCGGGAAGGUGGAAAUGAUGGGGAUGCUCAGCCUGAUCUAAUGGAGCAGAAUUGCAUGCACAAUGGCUCUAUGCCUGCAGGACACAUUCAGAUUGAGAUGAGCAAUGUCUGA